AUGUUACAACAAAAAUCAACUCAGCCUAUAGGAACGCUAAAGGAGGUGUUCCCUACCCAAGCAGAGAGAUUCGGCCAUCUCCUCCUCUUCAAUCUCUGGCAGCCAGAGGAGGACCGCCACGAUCGUCGCGCCAUAGUCCUCAAGGCUCGCAUGGACGCCGCCAAGCGCGCCGUCUUCCACCUCUCUUGCCUCCUCCUCGCCUUCCACAACCUCUCCUUCACACUCCUCUUCAUCACCUCCGUCGUCGACGCCUCCUGCCGCAACUGGUGGCUCCCUUGCAGCCUCUCCUUGACCACCUCUCUGGCGGUGACCGUCGCGGUGCAGGUCGUCGUGCGCGCCUACUGGCGGAUAUCGCGACGGCUGCAGAGGGAGCGCGAAGACGAGCGGGCUCUCAUGCGGUGCGUGCGGGAGAUGCGGAUGCAGGGUGCGGACUUCAACCUCUCCAAGGAGCCACAAAAGAGCUCGAAGUGGAUGAAAAGUUUGAGUGUGGAAGUCAAGUGGAGGUCGCUCGCUUGGUGCUCGCGCAACCUCAUCCCCAUUUUCCUCCUUUCCGUCGCCAGAAUCUUCUUCCUCGCCUUCUGA